CACAGAAGCGACUGGCAGUGUCAGCAGCCAUUGAUGCGCUUUAUCUCCAGGAGGACAUAUCGACAUUAAUUCUUGUUAAUUUGCUGUUUUCUGCGGACAGGAGCCAUGGUGUCUCACUCUCUCGCGCUGCCGAUGAUCUGCUUCACCACGUUAUGGGCGCUCGUGGGGAUCGUGGCUCCGUUUCUGGUACCCAAAGGACCGAACCGGGGUGUGAUUGUCACCAGUCUCAUCCUCACAGCCGUCUGCUGUUACCUGUUCUGGUUGGUAGCCAUCUUGGCUCAGGCUAACCCUCUGUUUGGCCCUCAGCUGAAGAAUGAAACUAUAUGGUACCUGCGCUACUUCUGGGAGUAACAUGGAUCAUGUGUGACGCGACGCCUCAUCAUUCCUACCCUGUGGUUGGCUGGACUUCAUCUCAACAUUACCAUUAAUGUACAGUAACUGGAAUUUAAGGUUUUGAGUGUGUUAAAACACUUUUUGUUUUAAAACGAGGGGAGUAAUCCACUUUGUGACUCCGAUACGAUGCACGCAGUUUGAAGUUGUGACUUAGUAAAUGGAAGGUUUUUGUGAACACAUUUUAAAUGAGGAAAUAUGUGAGUUUCUUUUUGUUACUGAUAAGAACGAUUUCCAGGGAAACACCAUCCAAUAGGAGUAGAUAUGAAUCGUCCUUCUCUGAAACGUGCAAUCUUUAGUUUUUCUUUGUGUUUGUUUACAUUUUUAUUUUUAUAUCGCCACCAUCAGGGAACAUGAUUUCUGAGUAUUCUUAUUUAUUUAGCCCGCGGACACUGAGGUAAGCGUGAUGACCUCAGUGUCCGUGCGGUCGUGUUAUAUAACUGUUAGUGUGUGUGUGUGUGUGUGUGUAUGUGUGUGUGUGUGUGUGUGUGUAGAAUUCAUUACUGUGAGUACUUGGACUGCCGCCAUGAGAAUCUCCCAAAACCAUCAAAUUGAAGAGCGAUUCCCUCCACUUUGGAGCACUUCAGCAUUAACCCCCCCCCACACACACACACACACACACACACACACCACCCUCAUGCUCCACACCGCGGAGGUCCCAGUUGCCAUGGUGAUCUCAUCGCCCAAUUCAGUCUCUUUUCCACUCGACCCCCUUUGAUGAAAUCCUGCCCAUUCUCCCCCGGCCUUUGUGCAGAUGUACUGUAGGGACACCUCUUUGCGUUGGAGCUGCUGACAGAUUUCUUGAUAAUAUCCACUUUUCUUCAAAUCCUUUAAUCUUCAUUCCCUCCACCUGGAAAAUACUUCUCCAAUAUUUUUCCUUAUAUUCCGCCAUUGACAGUUAAGGAGUGACCCCUCACAUAUUUUAAGUAGCGGAGAAGUAGCUGCUUUCAAAUGGAUUCAUAUUCAAAACGAAAAAAGUACCGUUAACUCAAAGUGUUUUUUCAUUUGCUGUCAUCUGCAAAAAUCCCGCACCAUAUCAGUGGUAGAUGCUUCUGAUUGGCUAAUGUUGGAUAAUGUGCUCAAAGUAUGACGUUUAAUAGUUAUUGGGCUGAAUACUUUUUCUACAUUUUCCUUGUUUUAAAAAAGUAAGACACAUUGCAGCGGGAAAAAAAUGGAAAUGUUGGUUUCAAAUCCCCAAUUAGUAUUCAUAAGAUCAAGACUAAUCAUUAUAAUUAAUGUACAGCAUAUGCUCGUACUGUACAUGUGUACUCUAAUGCAUUUGAGUGGGGGUGAAAGUCAGCGUGCGCCUCCAACGCUGUCUCCAAUUAUGUUAACAUGUCAAUGCUUCACACUACCAAACAUCUAGAAAUAUCAGUUAUCCAACCUCUGAUACCCAAUCAAACACUAGCCUUUUAUUCCGAAACGCUAACAGACCCCAAUAGCUAUCUGAUUCAAGUUCAAUUCAAGUUUAUUUAUAUAGCCCAAAAUCACAAAUCCUAUUUGUCUCAGAGGGCUUCACAAGUCAGCAAACACAAUUGGCAAUGUAAACACAACAAACGUAUCUUACAAGAUCAAUGUGAAAAUACCAAUUUAAAAAGGAACAUGACACAAAUACAGUUAGAGUACAAUAAAUAAAAUUCCAUAAAACGAAGGGUCCAUGAGGAUGUUUAAAAGGGGGUUUAAAACCAGUCUUAACUGUACGCUGUACUAAAAAGGAAAGUCUUUAACCUGCUCUUAAAUGUGUGGGCACUGUCUGCCUCCCUGAUCGUCACUGGAAGUUGAUUCCAGAGGAACGGGGCUUGGUGGCCGAAAGCUCUGCACCUGACCUUUUUUUGUGGACUAUGGGAACCACCAACAGACCUGCACUCCAGGAUCCUCAAGAUGUGUUCAAGAUCAGAUAUUUUGUCGAGUCAUGGUAGUUUUGUAUUGGACAUUGGUGGUUGUUCUUGUGCUUGGCUUAGUUUAAAAAGGUUACCACAUUUCUAGUAAUGUCUUAAACAAGAUGUGAGUAUACAUUAACACCUGCCUCCUACUGAUGCUGUUUGCCAGCCACCACCACAACUACGUCUCCCCUCUCCACUCCCCAUUUCUAACCCUCAGAUCCUCUACCUCCACCCUACAACCUUCCUUCACACUAACCCCCCCCCCCCCCUCCUCCUCUCUAAAACCACUUUGCUUCAGCCAAAAAGAAUCAAAAUCAAUAUACAGCUACUUUUUAGAAAGACCAAAUUACGUUGUAUCUUUUCCUCCAGCCCUCCUUGGUAGUUGUGGUGGUGGCAUGCAUAUAAAAGCGUACAUAAAGCCAUGUACAGUGAGUUACUCUAUUAAAGUGAGGCUUUCCUUGAAGGAAUGCUUCUGUUUAGUUUGCAGUCUCAAGUGAACCGGAGCUUGUAAACCAAAGCGGACUCACAAGUAGCUCAGUUGUUGGACAAAGUGUUGGUAACCUGCCAAGUUAGAGACGUUGUUUUAGAGUCAACACAGACCUGACACUAGCUCCUGUUACAGUGUUGGGUCCACACCAGGCGAGAGCACAAGAACAAAGAGCUUAAUGGUAAAUGGACUGCAUUUAUAUAGAGCUUUUGCAGUCCCUGUGACCCCUUACGGUGCUUUUACAUAUAGAAGUCAGCAUUCACCCAUUGACACACAUUCAUACACACACAGGCUGCUUUACAAGAGGCCAUCUGCUCAUGUGGCGCAUUCACACCGCAGUACUUUUCCCACAAAGGUUCAUGAGAACUUAGUUCAUGAGAACUCUUUAGUUCUCAUGAACUAAGUACAGAUCGCGUUCACACUGGAAUAAGUUCCCUGAGGGAGGAUUAGGCAAAUGAAGCCGCUGACGUCACUUCUUCUUCUUCUGCUUUGGGUUUACUGGCAGGCCGCAAACCACUUCACGGCGUAUACUGCCGCCCAAAGUCCCCGGCCGGAAGUCCCCGGAGUUGGGGACUGGCUUCAGUAGAAGCUGCUGGGAGUCCCAGCAGCUUCAUCUGCGAAUAGCUGGCAAACUAACAAAGCCACAAGAAACACAAGCAAGACACAUAUAUUGAAUUGCAAUAUGAUCCACCAUGUCCUUUUUUUGGAUCUUCAUCAGCUUUGGCCAUUCUUCCUGCGGUAUUAGAGGGAAAGACCAUUUUUUUAGACAUUAUGAUUGACAAAUUAAAAUCUUAGUUGGGCUUUCCAACCAUUAACUGCCCAACUGAGAGAUUUACCCACAAUCCCUUGUGUUUUGGGUUUGUUUUCAACGUCGGUUUGCAUAAUAAUCCCAAUCCCAUAAUGCAACAUGCUUCAGUUAGCUGGCAAACAAACGGAGCAUAAUUUGGAAAAAGUAAUUGUAGCUAUUAUUUUGACGUAUAUUGCAAUUGUGAUGAUUUAUGAUCUCAUUAGCGUUGACUGUUCGUGGGGCAUAGAGGGAAUGACCAUUUCUGAAACAUGAAAAAUUAAUAGGAUCAUGGUGUGAUUUCUCUUAAAGACGAUCUGUACCACACAAAUAUUUGAUUAGGUCUGUGGAAUAUAUUGUGUAUGCAGGGAUUCAUUCAUUGGAUAUGUGAUUUGAAUACUGCACCAGUGAAUAAUGGUGAGUAUCGAUUGUGCAGCCCCAAAAGCCACAUUCUCAGUGUCCGUGAACCAACAAAUGGCCGAACAAAUUCAACUAUAGCAGUGAACCCUCCACAUUUUAAAUAAACCCCUCCACAACAUGCUGAGUGUGAAUCGACCUUAAACAUGGUUUCAUUUUCUUAUGUAUCUGUUCAGUUAUUUGCUUUUUUUAAAUCUGUCAUGUAGUCCCAAAAACAUGGAUGGAGGUGGCGAUCGAUUUUAUUUUGUGUGUUAAGAGUUGUCACAAAAAUCUUCUAAAUAACAGAUGUGGUUGAGAUGAGAUUAUAUCUGUGACCUUGUAUUUAUGUGAAGUAAUUGCUUCUAUGUGAGUGGAAUUGUAUCUGAAAACACCCAAUAAAAAGUAUGUCUCAUA